UAUUUUUUAAAUUACUGUAAGUCAACAAAAGAUUUUUGCAACGUGUUUCUAUGAAAAAUGAAUUAAAUGCCUCACUCCUUUCUUUCUGAGUCUACUACAUAAAUUGUCAUCGACACCAACUAAUCCAGAUCUUUUUCUUCUCUUCGUAAAAAAGGUGAUCUCUUUGCUCCCACAAGGAUCACCUUCGCUCUUCGUCGAGAGAAGUAGUUCGUAUCAAGCGCUAUGUGGUCGUCUUGCAAUGGAAAUGCAUCCAACAACAGUUCGGUUGAUCACUCUGAGACUAUACAUCAUGAGCUUAACAUCCUUGAAGGGGAUGGACUUUUAGGAUCAGAAGAAGCGCAACCUAUCCAAUCCAAACCAGAACCUCCCCUGCUGAAGGAUUUAAUGGUCCAGUGUUUAAGCUGUGAGAAAUGGAAACUAAUACAUUCAAUGCAAAAGUACGAAAUCAUAAGGGAAAAAGAGAUUUAUGCCCCUUUUGUCUGCGACGAUGCUUCCGAGUGGAAGCCAUAUAUGUCAUGUGAUGUUCCUGAAGAUGAAACAACAUGUGAUAUAUGGGCUAUUGAUGUGCCUAGCAUCCCUUGCCCACCAACCGGCUGGAAACGUGAAGUGCAUUUUAGACGUGAAGGAUCGACAAGAUUCGCGGAUGUCUAUUAUUAUUUUGCUCUAUCAAUAAAGAAGAGGAUAAUUGUUAGAUCAAUAGAGGAUGUCAAAAAGUUCUUGAAUGACCACCCUGAAUACAUAAGAGAGGGAGUAAAUCCUUCUCGAUUUUCCUUCAAAAUGCCAAAACCCCUUGAUGAAAACUAUGUUAAGAAGCGCACUCGACCAGCGAAACCUACUUUAGAUGCUGAAGGUGAUCAUAGAGAGUCGCAACAUGGUCAAUCCUCCAAAAAGACAAGAACAUGAAAUCGGUGAAACCAUCGAAGAUGUAUAAAUAAUUGAGAAUUUA